AUGCAUCAUGAUUUCGAGCAUCACUUAAACAAGAAAACCGCUCGCCGGGAAAGCAUCAUUCCAACACUUCUUGCCACUUUCAACCUUUUUCUUGUCUACUUUCAAAUAUUUUACGAGAUGAACAAGAAGAGUUUUUGCGCCCUCAACGACCACUCUUUUUGGGGAAACGAGGAUGAUUCAGACGAGCGCGAGUGGAGCGGUGAAGAGGAGAAACCACCAGGAGUGCCCGUAGGAGAAGCCAUUGAAGCGGUGAGCCACGUUGACAAGGAGGGCGAGUGGAUCGACAUGAAAGAUCAUUCCCAUCACCAUGCACGAGCCGCUGCUUUCCGUCGUGCCGCUCAUCACGUCGACACGAGUCGAGCCGCCGAAGCCCAAGCCUCUCUUCUGUCGCGCAAGGAUUUCACGGCUCUCGAGGUAUUCAACACGUUUUGCGAUGACGGUGGAGCGAUGGUCAGUCGACACCAACAACAACAACACCGGCCCAACUCGCCGAGGGACUUAAUGGACGGUCGGCUUGUCGCGCAAUCGCCACUCAUCCCACCGCCGUUCACGCCAAGACACCUCGCCACGCCGACUCACUUCAACAAUAACAACAAUGUGUCCAUCAGAGGAUUCCCGUCGGCUUCAUUCGGUGGUUUCUCGAAGCCGUCGUUUGUGUCAACGCCUACCCGCAUCCUACCGAAAAUGAUCGAAGAAGAACGCCCGAAAGCGGCUCCUCCACGAUUGUCAACCUCCAACUCAUUCUCUCCGAUGCCGCAAACGAGGGAUGCGUCCGGUUUUGGAGCCGGGUUGUCAAGAUUCAAAAAGUUGGCGAAGCAAGCCAACAGCCUCUCGAACGACCGGCAACCAUUUAACCCUUCUCCGAUGGAUGUGAUCAAUUUGGAUCCGGACGAGAAUCGGACUUCUGCAAUGGCUUCGACGUCGGGCGGGGAUUCGAUCGACGGCUUGCGCUUCGACUUGCGCUCGCGAUCGACGGCACACUCGGGCAUCUCGCAGCUUUUGGUGCUGACGGAUGGCCAGAAAUCAAAUGGACAGCAGCAACAACAGACGAAAAAGCCAGUCUCGGUGAAUCUGAUGGACGAGCGAAACGUUGAGUACUACGAAUUUUUGUGCAAGGGAAUCCAGAAGUUUCUCGAGUCCCGAACCCCGUUGGCUGUUGACUGCGAGGGCCGUUUCAAUCAGGGAUCGUCGAGUGUUUGUGCCGCGCUCAAUCCUAAGUACUACUAUCAAUACAACCCCGGUCCCGAGCUCUACUCAAAGAAGGUUUUCGUCGGCGGAUUGCCCAUUGACAUUGAUGAAGAAAAAAUCGUCAAGACGUUUUCCUCAUUCGGCCCGCUGCGCGUCGAUUGGCCGAGCAAAAGCGAGACGAAGAACUAUUUACCGUCAAAAGGCUAUGUGUUUUUGAUCUUCAAGUACGAGAUAUCGGUGCACGCGCUGGUGCGCAAUUGUGUCACCGAGGACGAGAAGCUCCUCUACAACGUCUCGCGGCCGAAUACUGGCGACAAAUUGGUUCAAAUUCGCCCGUGGCGCCUUGCCGACGCGGAAUAUAUGGUGGAUGUGAACAUGCCGAUUAACCCGCGGCGAGUCGUUUUUGUUGGAGGAGUGCCUCGGCCGAUUCGAGCCGUUGAGCUUGCACACAUCAUGGAUCGUCUUUACGGACCUGUUUCGUGCGCCGGAAUUGACACUGACGUCGAGUACAAGUAUCCGAAAGGUGCCGGCCGGGUGGCGUUCACGAACAACUCUUCGUACAUGCGAGCCAUCACCGACCGAUAUGUGCGCCUGAGUCACGGGGAUGUGGAGAAAAGUGUGGAGAUGAAGCCCUACAUGUUGGACGAUCAGACGUGCGAUGAGUGUCGGGCUCAUCACGCGCCAUUCUUUUGUCCACACAUUGAGUGUUUGCAGUAUUAUUGCGAGGGAUGCUGGACGUCGAUGCACGGAUGUAUGAAUCGUGAGGAUCACAAGCCGCUCGUCAAGAAGGCC